AGUCGCGGUAUGCUGAAGAUAGAACCCGGAGUUGCUUCUCUACGCCAAGGAUGCCUAUUACGGGAGACCGUGCUGCCGUCAAACAACGUGCACAAGGAGAACAGUAUUGGCAAGUUAACAAGAGAGCCAAGAUGAGUGAAGAAGGUCAAUGGUUCAACCCAAGGAAAUAUCAAGAGUCACUUCUCGAAUUAUGUAUAAAGCAGAACACCAUCCUGUACCUGCCAACCGGUGCAGGGAAAACCUUCAUCGCAGUUAUGCUUAUAAGGAAGCUGAUGGACCAAUGUGCCAGUGACCCAGACAGGAAAGUUGCUGUAUUUGCUGCCAAUACUGUGGCCUUGGUGGGACAACAGGCAGAGUAUAUACGACGUCACACGGAUCUGUCUGUAGGAAUCUAUACUGGUCUUCAAAAUGUUGAUUUCUGGAAACCGGACAGGUGGCAGAAGGAAUUUGCAACUCAUGAGGUGUUGGUCAUGUCAUCGCAGGUGGUCCUCAACGUGUUGCAGCAUGGCUACCUUGAUGCCAAAAAGUUGCAAGUAAUUGUUUUCGAUGAGUGUCAUCGGGCUGUGAACGAUCAGCCUAUGAAGAAGGUGAUGGAUGCCCUCAUCACUAAAGAGGCCACACCUAGAGUACUCGGGCUGACGGGGACCCUGCUAAAUUGCAACUGUAAGCCGUCAGAAGUACCUCGUUUGUUGAAGGAGCUGGAAACAACAUUUAGAAGUAAAAUUGCAACAAUAUUGAAUUCGGAAGAAAUUCAAAGUUUCUCAACCAACCCGGAAGAAAUGUUAAUGAAUUACGAUAAAUCAGAGGAAGCAGAAGCCCUGCAGAGAGCCAGACGUAUGCUGGAAGACUGUGAAGACUUCAUCCUUUCGGUGGACUUCACGGAGGACUCAACUUUAGAGAUUGACGGACCUGAUCACUCGCACUUGAUGAUUGACAAAAAGAAAAUCAACAAGAAGUUGAGGAAUGUGUUGGGUGACGUCAGGUACCAGCUCGGUGAGGUUGGUGUGUAUGGCGGUUACCUGGCCACACUGUUGCACAAGGUGGAGCUGAUCCGAUGGCAACAGCACGCAGAGAAUAGUACUAUCUCAGUGUUGCUGGAGACGAUGGUAACGACUCUCCACUGUGUCGGAAAGCUCUUAUAUGAUGAAAUGGAAUGCACUCCAGAAAAGGAGCAUCUGUUCCAAUUUUCCAGUAAGAAGCUAUUGGCGUUAGUGUCAUUUAUUCAGAAACUGUUUGCUGAGGAAAUGAAAAUAAUGGAGGCUGAAAAAGAUGAUGGGAAAAGAAGACGGAAGUUUACAGUACUUGUGUUCGUAGAUAGAAGGUCUUCUGCCAAGUUAUUGUAUCAAAUAUUUAAGUUCUUGUCAUUGAGUGAUCCUAAAUAUGAAGGUUUGCAUCCUGAUUUUGUUGUGGGCUUUGCUGCACAGCAGUAUACAAAGGAAAACGAUCUUGAGAAAAAGAGAAAUCAGGAGGCUUUAGAUAAGUUCAAGGCCGGUGAAACAAAUAUACUUGUUUCUUCAGAUGUUCUCGAAGAAGGUGUGGAUAUACCAAUGUGUAAUACUGUGAUUAGAUUCGAUCCCCCAAAAACAUUCCGUUCGUACGUUCAGUCAAAAGGCCGUGCACGACAUAAAACGAGCACGUUCCAUAUACUGACAGAGAGAGGGGACUCAAAAUUCUACAAUGCAAUGCUACAAUUUAAAGAAAUUGAACGUGAGUUGUAUAAGAUUCUGAACUACAUGGCAUCAAUUGUUAAUGAUCCAUAUGAGGAGGAUGAUGUGCCAAUGGAUGAUGAUGUUGAAGAUGAAGUUUGGUACGUUCCUGGAGGUGAGGCAUAUGUUGCAGUUUCAACAGCUGUUGUCACAAUUUCCAUUUAUUGCAGCAGGUUGCCACAGGACAAGUUUACAGACCUUUCACCAUUAUGGUACAUUCAAAACAACAGAGACAGCACUGUUACAUGUUACUUGAAACUGCCUAUGAAUUCAAGACUAAAGGAACCCGUAAAGGGUAGACCACAGAGCAAUCGGAAGAUGGCAAAACGGUAUGCGGCAUUUGAGACAGUUAAACGACUCUACCAAUGUGGUGAGCUAGAUGAUCAUCUGUGUGCUGUAUCAUAUGAGAAAGAUGUUAUGUCAUAUCUAACAUUUUUCCCAUUCAUAAAGAGGGAAGCAGUGCCAAAGGGGAAGCCUGAAGCAGGCACAAAGAAGCGCAAGCAGCUCUAUACCCGGAAGUAUCCAGAGCUACUGUGUAGCUGUCAGCCGCAAUCAGAUCGACCAGCGUACAUGCAUCUCAUACGAGUGACACCUGUGUAUCCGUCUCCGCCUCCUGAUAAAUCGAGAAAGAUUGCUUUUUACAACAUUUUCAAGGAACUCAAUGGAUAUGCUAUUCUUUCAGCAAAGAAAAUUCCAACGCUUUGUGAUUUUCCUAUAUUUACAAAUGAAGGACAAAUGGACGUCACCAUUAGUAGUAACUACAAGGAAUAUGUUCUCUCAGAGGAAAAGGUCAACCUCUGUUUGGGUUUCCGAAAGUUGCUGUUUGGUUAUGUUUUGGACCUGUUGAAAGAUUUCAUGGCCUUUGAUGACAGAAAUGAAGGCAAUUCUUACUUUGUGGUCCCAGUGACCUACAGGAAUGAUCAAAUAGCAUAUGAUAUAGACUGGAAUGUGAUGGAAACUUACAAGAAGAUUGAGCCUAUCACUCGCAGAUCUCUCGAGCAGCGAUCUGUCCCUAUUGAAGACUAUAGUAUUUAUCACCAUGCUGUUGUUGCACCGUGGUAUCGUGGGCUGCCACCAACACCGUUGUAUAUUGUAACAAAAGUGUGUGAGGACAUGUCACCUCAGACACCAUUUCCCUCUCCAGAUGUCUCAUCCUAUGAAGAUUAUUUUGUUUCCAAAUACAAUUUGACAAUUGUACAGAAAGAACAACCGCUCCUUGAAGUGAAGUCAAUCCCCAAGACCUUGAACUGGCUGAGGCCACGGUCUUCCCCAGAAUCUCAGCAACAUUUGAGUAAACGGAAGCGCCUCGAACAGCAGAAAGAUUUUGAAGAGCACCUUGUGCCAGAGCUGUGUGGUUCUCAUAGUUUUCCAGGAGGACUCUGGCUAAAGGCUAUCUACUUGCCCACAGUCCUGCAUCGUGUGACGCAGAUGCUGCAUGCAGAGGAGUUUAGGAGCACAGUCGCUAGAGAGACUGGGCUGGGCCCAGUCGACCACCCACAAGAUUUCAGGUGGAGACCACUUAAAGAUGAAUCAUUUCCUGAGGAAAUAAUUGAACAAGAUUUCAUACCAGUACAGUCAGGAAUGGACAAUGCUGUGGUUUCUGAAGAUUCUCCAAUAGAUCUUGACCGUGCCUUAGUUAGUGACAUAGCAGGAAUUGAUAUUCUUCUUUAUGAUAAAUAUUGUAAUGGAGGUAUUGAUACAGAAGAUCAGGAGAGGAAAAAUACUUAUGAUGGGGACACACUAAUGGAAAAUGGCUUAGGAGAUGGAAAUGAGGAGUCAUUUACUGCAGCUAUCGCAGUUCCCAGUAUAAAACUAUUGGACGUCCAUGGCGGAGUCGUGGGACCUCAACUGGCAGAAGUUCUCAAGGCACUAACAGCAGCCUCAAGUCAUGACGUAUUCAACUCUGAACGCUUGGAGACUUUGGGAGACUCAUUUCUGAAGUUCUCUGUCAGCCUCUUCCUGUUCAUCCAUUUCGAUCACCUUAGUGAGGGCGCCCUCACGGUAUUCAAGAACUAUAUUGUCGGGAACUCACAUUUUUAUAAUAUAGCGAAACAUAAACAGCUUGGAGGCAUUCUUCAGGUACACGACUUUACUCCUAAGGACGGUUGGCUCCCACCGGGCAUCACCGUGCCUAAAAAGGUGCGCAGUUUAAUGUUGGAGCAGAAUGUGUCACCAAACUUCUUGUAUCGCCUAGAGUUGUCAGAGGAGGAGCAGCAGACAGGUGUGGUGGCCGACGAGACGAUCGCCGACGUGAAGGAGCAGCUGGGGGAGUGGGAUCAGGACCCCAGCGUGCACUCCUCCAUGGAGGACUACCUCGGGGUGCAGACGGUCAAUGACAAGGCGAUGGCCGACUCUGUGGAAGCCCUCAUAGGCGUCUACCUCAAUGAGUUUGGCGUGGAAGGAGCACUCAGGUUUGUAAACUGGCUGAAAAUCCUGCCCGUAGAACAUGCAUCGCCACAGAACAUCCUCAAAAGUCCACCACCAUCACCGAUUCUAGGCACAGGAUCUGCCAGAGAAUUGGACUUUCACCUCGAAAAUGCUGCAAGGCUGGAAAAAAUUUUAGGAUACAAAUUCCAGAAUAGAGGAUAUUUGCUCCAAGCUCUCAGCCACGCAUCUUAUAUACAGAACAGGAUCACUGAUUGUUACCAGCGCCUGGAAUUUUUGGGAGACGCUAUUCUUGAUUUCCUGAUAACAAGCUAUUUGUUUGAAACGUACAGUGAUUUGACACCUGGGCAGCUCACUGACCUGCGAUCGGCCCUUGUUAACAACAAUACGUUUGCAGCCUACACUGUGAAGUACAGCAUUCACAAGUAUUGCAGGUAUUCAUCUCUGGAGCUGUUCCAUAAAGUGGACGCCUUUGUAAGGUACCAGGAGGCACACGACCAUAAAGUCACUGAUGAGGUUCUCCUGCUCUUGGAGGAGGAUGACACUCUGGCAGAAGCUGUCGAUGUCCCUAAAGUACUCGGUGACCUGUUUGAAUCUGUGGCUGGUGCAAUAUUUCUGGACAGUGGCAAAUGUCUGAAGACAGUGUGGAAUGUUUAUUACAAGCUCAUGGAGAAUGAAAUAAAAAUUUUUGCAGAAACCAUUCCAAAAUCAGCCGUUCGUCAACUGUACGAAAAAUGUAAAGUACGCCCAGAAUUCAGUGAAGCAACAAAAACAAGUGAGCCUAAUAUCUUGGCAGUAACUGUCGAAGUAAUAUUACAAGAUGAGAGGAAAGUGUACUAUGGAUUUGGAACAACAAAAAAGGCAGCCAAAACGGCUGCUGCAAAAGCUGCUUUGAAAGAUAUUCACAAAAAUGACAGGAAACUGUAAAUAGAGCCACAGAGUGAGCACAGACUGGUGCAGAUACAUCUGUUCUCGGAGUGCCCUCCGUGCAGCUCCAAGUGAAUCUCCAUUCGCCCAUACACUAGGUACACACCUUUUCUCCUAACUGUUUAAAACCUCACAGUUCCCUCAUUUUUUUGAAAGAGUAAACCUAGAAAAGAGUUCACAAAACGUGUAUAUAGUGUAGGGGCAACUGGAACAUGCCCUUGUAUCAUGAUGGAGUCAUAUAGUGUUGAGAGUAAUACUAGACUUCACUUCAGAGUCAUAUAUUGAAGAUUAAUAAUUUUUAUUUACAUGUUGUGUUUGUGUAUUUUUUGUUGAUGCUAUCAUCAGAAAUAUUGGAAUACUAUAAUACUUUUGGGGAUAAAGUCCCCAUAUUAAUGCAAGGUUAAAAGAAUGAUUUUCAUUGACUAAUUCUCUACAGAUGACUCACUCAUUGAGUCAGCAUGCGCCUACACAAAUUUCUUAGAAGUGACGAAGUUUCUUUUUGAUUAUAGAAAGGACAUAUGUGAGCGUGUGUGCUUUUGUUGUAGUUUCAUCACAGUGACAAAACUGUAGUUUCAAACUGGCAUGAUACUGGCUCUUUUUUUUUUCUCCAAAGCUGAAACAGGAGUGAAUGGAACAGUAGAAUAUUCUCUUAGCUUAUACACUGUUAAUUUUCAGUUCUGGCUUACAUAUUGUGAGUGUAUAUUUUGUUGUUGUUGUUACAAUACACAAGAAUACUGGCAGGCCAGCAUUCUUUAGUGUUGUGUUGCCUGGUUCCUGAUUAGAGUGAUGUGUUACCAUUUUGUGGAGUUUCUGUGUAUCCCUUCUCUUUUUGUUCCUACUUCUUAUGAAGAGCUGUCCAAAACCAGUGCAAGUGCUGUACCAAAAAAAUGGUAAUCAGCAUACUUCACUGGUUGAAAAAAAGCACAAAAUAUUAUUUGUUAUGAGGUAUAUGUAAGAUGAUAAUGCAACAUUUGUAAGCAGUCUCACAUGUAUUCCAUUGCAGUUAAGUAAUGUACAAAUUUAAUACAAUUAAUGGAAUCGUAAUAUAUAGUCUUUAAGUCCACACUGCAGAAUGUUUUUGUAAAGCAGAAAUUUAAAAUGGGAUGUUUUGCUGGGGAAAAAGCAUAUAUACUGUCAUAAAGAUAAUGGUAAUUGCUUUUUGUAAUAUUCUGUGUGUUGAGAGCAAGCGUUACAAUGAUACUGCAAUACAUCCAUUGUAAAUUAAGACUGACAUGUUUAAUGUCUGUGUGUGUGUGUGUGUGUGUGUGUGUGUGUGUGUGUGUGUGUGUGUGUUUUGAUUGAAGAAUCUGUUCUAUAUAUGUAUUUUUCAUAUUAUUGCCAAUGAAUCAGUAUAAUAAAAGAUGAUAUUUAUUGUUUA